AAAUAUAUUUAUCCAAAUUACAAAUAUAGGUCUUUGUUUGUGGUUCCAUGGUCAAGACUCGAGGGUCAUGGAAUCGAAACCAUCCGGGCAUCCAUCUCUUCUCCGCCGGUUGAUCAAUCUCGACGCCGCCGUCUCCCUCCACCUCUACACCUUCUUCCACCCCAUCCUCCCUUUCUCUCUCCUCAAGUCCCUCGAGCUCUCCGGCGAUGGCCGUCUCUUCUUCCCCAUCACCCUCUCCAUUCUCCUCUUCAACACAACCCCUACUUCCGCCACCGUCCUCCUACUAAACCUCCUAAUCGGCUCCGUUCUGGACCUCCUCCUAAUUGGGCUAACCAAGCACCUCAUCCAGCGCCCCCGGCCCGUCUACAACAAGAAUAUGUUCCUCUCCUUCGCCGUUGACCAUUGGUCUUUCCCCAGCGGCCACUCAUCUAGGGUUUCGUUCAUUGCCUCAUUCUGUUCUUUCUAUUCUCGCCAAAUUGCGGAUUUUUGGCUUGUGAAGCUUCCUAAUUUCGAUGCUCAUAGUUGGAUUGUGGAGUAUUUCGCUUUAAUUGUGUGGUUAUGGGCCGGGAUCACGUCGGUUUCUAGGGUUCUUCUUGGCCGGCAUUUCGUGCUCGAUGUUGUUGCCGGGGUUCUCUUGGGUGUUCUUGAAGGUUUUCUGGUGUUUCGAGUUUUUAACGUUGAGAACUUCAGCUUCUGGUUGAAAUGACAUAUACUGAAAUGAUUUAAAAUAAUUGCUGCGACCAUGUCUGCUAUAUAGGUCUAUCUCUCUCAGAUUAUGGCUUAGAGGGUUAAUGGGUUAAGCACACAAUGACACAAGUGACUGCCACAUUCAAUCAAUGGUUUGAUCUUUGCAGUUGACUUGUUAUUUUUUCAAAGAGACAAAGUAUUAUGGAAAUCAUCGACCAAUCUAUCUUAAAGAAAUAGGUGAAUUUCAAGGAUAAAGUAGGGUCCUUUGUGGAGGUUUGGGAUGGAGUAAAGUUUAGUGUUGCUUGACGGGCCUCAAAUCACAAAGAGUUCCAUGCCUCUUUUUGUGCUAAGCAUGGGCUAUACUUUCUGGGGUCUGCAAUGCAGCGCAGCCCAAUCCACGUGUGCACACUGAGCCCGUACUCUGUUCGUCUUGCUCAGAUUGCCAUUUACCAAGGAGCUCAGCUCCAAUUGUGUCUAGUUUGGGGAAAAUUAUAUAAUGAAGUUGAACUUUCUGAAGUUUACAAGCCAAAAGAACAAGGGAUUCCGAGGAUUUUUUUGCUCACAAGUAAUUACCCUCGCUUCAUUGCCCCAUGGAGGCAGGAUUGGUGGAUGACUGCAAGUGCUCUGUUGUCAAUGGUGUGCUGAAUUUCGAGGCCGGACUGUGCUGUCGCAUGAAUUCCCAUCCAGUAUCCCUUUAUUGAAAGAGUUACAUGUGCCAUUGUUACAUGAUUCCUCAUUCAUUAUCUGUGUUUUGGACUAAGUUACAUGUGUAAUCUCAAUCUGAAGGAGGUAGAAAUAAAUCUUGAUUUGGAAUGAAAUGAAGAUAGUGAAAAUAUAAUUAAGAACUUGUUGUCUAGCAGCUAAUGGUUACUAGGAGAGAAUGAUGAAACAUGUUACAAUAUGUUGUUGAAUGUCUAAUAUUUUAGAAUAAAUGUGAAACUCGUACUGGUUGGGUAGAUAUGGAUGUCGAAAUAUCUUGUUGAAUGCAUAAUCUGUAAGAAGAAUCAAUAUGACACUUAAGUACAGAUGAAUAUUUUUAAGGGAUUACCAAUCCUUGGUCUGUUUGUUAUACUUGUUGUUGUGGUUGAUAGGUUAUCUAGAUAGGGUCAUUUUUGUUGGUCUCUGAAUUCUGAUGCACUUUCACGGCUAAGGAAGCAGUGGUAGCAUUGCGCCGUUAAAUUGUCAGCUUCCAUGGGAUUCAGUCUCAAUUUUUCUUGAUGCUAUUCAAUAUUCCUUAGUUCAUUAUGGUCUGAGCUGUUUUGGGCUAUGGGUAAACUGAAGUGUUGAACUGUAGUGUGCAGACAUACUUGUGUUGUUUUGCAUAUGUCCUUGUGAUCGAGGUGGUGGUUGCCUUGGGCUGUUAUAAUAUGAGUUAUCAUUCAUUGGCUGAGGUACUCUAUUUGCGACCUUCCCUGGCGCGCUGAAGUUAUUUGUCGGUCAUGAUGUGGAUUUGAGCUGUGGUUGACGAGUCGAUGCUGUGAGAUGAAACGCACACAACAACAGAUGUUGAUGUUUGCAAUAAACACUCAAGAGACAUGCAGAUCGAGGUGGGUCAGAAGUGUCCAUAAGCUUCAGCUGAGGUACUCUAUUUGCGACCUUCCCUGGCGCGCUGAAGUUAUUUGUCGGUCAUGAUGUGGAUUUGAGCUGUGGUUGACGAGUCGAUGCUGUGACAUGAAACGCACACAACAACAGAUGUUGAUGUUUGCAAUAAACACUCAAGAGACAUGCAGAUCGAGGUGGGUCAGAAGUGUCCAUAAGCUUCAGCUGAUGAACUUGAACGGAUUCUGCAUGAUCGUAUGGUGUUACAGGGAGAUGAUCUAGCGCAUCAUUUUUUGGUGCAGUGGUAGAAUAAAGGGGUGAUGUGGGUCAAUGAAAGCUGAGUUUGCAGGACAAUUUCUGGAGUUUCACAUUGAGGGCAAGGCUGUUUGGAAAGAGGGAGUUGUACAGACCGGGCUUGCACCAGAAGAGUGUGCGCCAACUUCAGAAGAACACGUCUAGGAUUUUAGAAAGCUAGAGCAGUAAUGUUUGUGCACCUAUCACUUUUCAAUUGAAUCCCACUUUUAUCUA